GCUUUGAUUAAAAUUCUCUAUUUAGAAGAGAAAUUUAGAAGAUUUUAUGAAAUAAAACUAUUUUUAAUUUUAAUUCAUUUAAUUCAUGUGUACUCGAUUUUCUCGGAGAUGCCUGGACCGAUUGUCACAAACUUAGAUUCAACUGAAAGGUCUAUUAGUCCCAUCUUUCGGUUCGGCAGUAACGGGAUAAAAUGGGCAAAAAAAUUAAAAAGGUGCACUCGAUUUUCUCAGAGACUGGAAAACAGAAGAACAACCUUGCAGUGUUUUGUAAUAUUCGACAUAUCAUGCAAUAUCAUAGACUGUUAAGAAUCUUCAUAAUCUUCUGGGCAAACCACAGUUAUAUGCUCGAUUGAGACAAACUCGGCGGGAGGAACUCUCCGAUUACCAACUCAUCGAAUCCAAUAUCCCACCUGAAAUUUCAAACAAAAAACAAUGAAAAUAUUAUCAUUAUCCAUAAUAAUAGGAAUAUUUUUAUUGUAAUUCGGAAUAAUAAAUAAAAUCAAAAUUAUAGAAUGCUAGUUCUCAAGGUAGAGUAAGGAUGUGAAGAUUGCGUGGUGAGACGUGACAAGGGUCAUUUGAGCAGGCAGAAAUCUUUUAGUAACCUAAAUUUUCCCUUCCGGCAAAGAAGCCGAGCUUAAGCAUCUCAUCAAUGCGAAUCACUCGGGUCUCUGAGAUACCGGAAAAUACCUACAAAGGUCUUUUACAAUUUACAUUCCGAACCGGUAAAAGAAGAAUGCAGUAGCAAGUAGAAAGUAACAACUUUUGGUAGUUUUGCCGGAAUAGUCAAUAGUAGAAGACCUGUGGUCCGCGGGAAAUACCCCCUACGAAGACCCGGCGGCCUGGUUAUCGACUGGAGCGGUCUUCCGUUGUCGGUGAUGGUGAUGUUACGGAAGAGAAUGAAAGGGAAGUAAAUAUUGUGGAAAACGAGGUAAAAAGGGGGUGUGGGAACAACAUGUCUAAAUACGACAGAGAUCUAAUUAGUUGCCAUCGAGAUGGUGAAGAGACGGGGGAAAGGAGAAUGAAAAAGUUAGUGACAAAAAAAGAUCUUGUUAGUUCCAAUAAAGAUGGUGGACAGGGACGAAGAUCGAGAGAAUCGGGCGGAUGACAACGUUUUUGUUUUCUAUGCCGGUGUGCGAAUUCAAAAUACUGAGAACCGUACAAACAGUGCUCAGGUUUUGAACAUCUAUAACUAAAUCAUUUUUUAAUUAGUUUUCCAUAUGAUUACAUAAACUGCAUGAAAAAAAUUUCUACACUUCGAUUGGAGUUGAUGAAUCUAUAUCUAUAAAAUCAUAUUUCAGAUAAUUGGUGAUCGAAACUUCAGUUAGUAACGAAAAUCUUUGUCAUGGUUUCUUCUAACAAAUGCAUACAUACCUUCAUCUUCAGGGCAACUGUAAUUUUAUGUAUUAUUUAGUCACAAAAAUUUCUUCACAAAAUACAAUAAUUUUACAAAAUGUACUCACAACGACUACAAAUAUUUUUCGUCAAGUAUGGUGUAACAUUUAUAAUAGUUGGUUGAAAAACGGCUACUCUACUCUAAAACACAAAAACGAGACAUACGAAUGCAAUUUGUUUAGAAAUUUCAAUUCGAAUUAUUUUAUUUGAAACAACAUUAACUGGUCGCAUCCGCAUCAAAUAAAUUUGAUUUUGCGUUCAUACGUUGAUUUGCGUUCACGUUCAUCAAAAGUUGCUUAUUUUUUCCGGUUGACUGCUUCAUUUAGCCACGUUCAAAAUCAGAAUACCAUAAACCAUCAUUUUUCAUGGAUCCUAGUGGGGAAAGCACUUCUCAAGCUAUAGCUGGGUUUGCGCGUUUUUCCCUUUAAAAAGCAAUGUUUUAGCAACACACGGAAUCCGUUAUUUCCAUUUUUUAUAAAUGAAAUAGUAAAGUCACUUAUAUGUCGAUAGAUUCAGUGUUCGUAGCUAUUGAUGUUAAAUGUUCUUUGAAGGUUGGUACUUUGAAUUGAAAACAAAUAUUGGCAGUGAGUUUGAAACCAUGUUAAAGCUUAGAUGCGAAAUUUUGUUUUAAAACUUAGUAACGAAAACUCUUCAAAUAUCUAAUUUACGCGUUUCAUGAAAUGUUUUAUAUAAUCAAUAUUUUAUUUUAAAAAAAACGACUAAAGUGCAGAGUGAUAAAUAUAGGGAUGAAUAUAAUUUCCAUUAGAAUAGAGAAAUACUUCAAAAUCGUGGGUCGUUCUCCGCAGUAUGAAAAAUUACCCACCUGGGUUUAACAUGUUUCACCGGCCCUGCCACUGAAUGUAUGUUGCCAUUUAAAAAUGUAUUUAGAGAAUUAGCACUCAAGUGUCUGGGCGAUGUAAUUCAUAGAAGGCCAAACACUAACUAACUAAUACUAAAGUCUGAAUAAUAAUAUUUUGAUGAAAAUGAAUGGCCGGUUCAUAGGAAUAACCUAUGAAGUAAUGUUUUAAUGUAAGCUCUUCUUUAUCCAGAUUAUCUUGUUCGUAUACUUUAUUUAAAACAUCAUGAGAUUAUCUCCAAAAAUUGGUUUGAAACAUGUUCUGAGUAAAUGCUGCUGACGUAUUACGUUCUAUACAUCUGUCCAAUAAGCACAGCAAGUUUCCAUUAGUUAAUCACUGUAUGGAAACGCAUGGUUAAUGGAUAAUAUGUUAUAUGCGAAAAUUGCACCACUUGUCUCAUCAUUGAAACGCAUUAUUUUGUUUGAUACUUGACGUUUCGUCAAUAUGUUUGAUUCAACAAUAUAUGAAAGGAAACAUGUUGUUAUUACUGCUGUUUGUGUUAAUAUAGGAAAUUAAAAAAAAACAUUCAAACUCUCAUCCAACUUACCUGCAACAUUGUAGAAUUAUAUUGAUAUAUUUAAAUUUUGCACAGCACGUCUGUAUUACAAGCUGUAAAUCCGUUUAUCGCUAAAUCUAACCCCGUUUGAUGACAUUUACGGUGAAAAAGCACCCUCCGGCGGGUGUCCCGAAUCAAAUUUCUACUUCCGAGUCUCUUUCUUCGCGCCAUUUCCGUCACGUACAUCAGAUAGUCAAUUUGAAAUGAUAUCCCUAAUAUGCUAAUUUCUACGCAGGGUAAGGAGUGUACACAGUAAUGAAUGCAAAUUUGGGCACAUUAUGACGAUCCGAGCGUCCCACAGUAACCGACAUUACAACCGCUGCUAAUAAUGGAGGCAAACGUUGAGCCGCAGCCACAAAUUCAAGUAAAUUUCACACACGUUGCCAGGUCUGUGACAGCCAGCAGGAUAAUCUAACAACCCACAUAAAACAACGGAAGCAGCCUUCAUCACCGAAAAUUGCUCCCUGGACCUGCUAUCGCAUAAUUAAAUCAAACCUAGGAAGCAUAGGCGCUAAGGCAGACAUUCGUGGAGUCACAUUUAUCGCCUGCCAGUCGCAAAUAGGCAGAAAAAAUUGAAAGAAAUGAAAGCUAACAGCGGAAACAUGAUGAGCACUAUCGUCAUGCAGGUAGUAGUGCUGUAUCUCUUUCAAAAUUGGGUCGACGGGUCUAGACCAGGAUCAGGCCACCGGUUGGAUGUUUACAUUGCCGGUUUUUUCCCGUACGGAGAAGGAGUGGAGAAUAGUGAUACAGGCCGUGGAGUGAUGCCAAGUGUGAAGCUCGCGUUGGAUCACGUAAACGAGCACUCGACCAUUCUGCGAAAUUAUCGCUUGCACAUGUGGUGGAAUGAUACGGAGUGUAAUGCGGCUGUCGGGGUCAAGUCGUUUUUUGAUAUGAUGCACUCUGGUCCCCAUAAACUGAUGCUGUUCGGUGCUGCAUGCACUCAUGUGACCGAUCCAAUAGCGAAAGCGAGUAAACAUUGGCAUCUGACGCAGUUAUCAUAUGCGGACACACAUCCAAUGUUUACCAAGGACUCGUUUCCGAACUUUUUCCGCGUGGUGCCAUCUGAAAACGCAUUUAAUGCUCCUCGACUUGCUCUGUUGAAAGAGUUCAAUUGGACCAGAAUCGGAACAAUUUAUCAGAACGAACCAAGGUAUUCGCUGCCCCACAAUCACAUGGUGGCAGAUUUAGAUGCUAUGGGGUUGGACGUCGUAGAAACACAAAGUUUCGUCUACGAUGUCGAAGAAUCACUACGAAAGCUACGAGAAAAGGACGUUCGCAUCAUUCUGGGUAACUUCAAUGAAUACUGGGCUAGAAAGGUUUUCUGUGAGGCGUACAAAUUGGACAUGUUCGGUCGUUCUUACCAAUGGUUAAUCAUGGGAACCUACACCAACGAAUGGUGGGCGGAAAAUGAUACCGACUGCAUGGUUGACCAGGUACGGCUGGCACUGGAAUCGUCGAUGCUGGUUGACCUACUGCCUCUAUCUACCAGUGGGGACAUAACCAUUUCCGGCAUUACCGCGGAUGAGUACCUGAGUGAGUACAAUAGUCGGCGAGGGAGCGAGUACUCGCGGUUUCACGGUUACACUUAUGAUGGCAUCUGGGCUGUAGCAUGUGCCAUACAGUACGUAUCGCAGCGUAAAGAACACUCAUUGACUCAUUUCGAGUAUCGUGUUAAGGAAUGGGAAAAUAUUUUCCUCGAGGCACUUAAAAAUACCAGUUUUGAAGGAGUUACGGGCCCAGUGCGAUUUUACAACAACGAAAGAAAAGCUAGCUUCCUACUAAAGCAAUUUCAAAACGGAGAGGAGGUUAAGAUUGGGGAGUAUAGUUCGCUGACCAAUCGAUUGGAUUUGUCACUCGGUCAUCCGAUGAAAUGGGUUGGUCGAUCCCCUCCGAAGGACCGAACCCUGCGAAUCAUCGAACAUAGUCAGGUUAACAUAACGAUAUAUGUCGUGUUGGCAAGUUUUUCAUGCGUUGGUAUCGUUAUGGCAACUGUGUUUCUGAUCGUUAACAUCAAAUAUCGGAACCAAAGAUAUAUAAAAAUGUCCAGCCCCCAUCUGAAUAAUCUGAUCAUCAUCGGAUGUAUUCUUACGUACUUAAGUGUGAUCUUUCUUGGAUUGGAUAGUGGAUUGAGUAGUGUGGCUGCAUUUCCGUAUAUCUGUACGGCCCGUGCCUGGUUGUUAAUGGCCGGUUUCAGUUUGGCAUUCGGUGCCAUGUUCUCCAAAACGUGGCGUGUGCAUUCCAUUUUUACCGAUCUGAAACUCAACAAAAAGGUGAUUAAAGACUAUCAACUGUUCAUCGUUGUCGGGGUGCUGCUGGCGAUAGAUCUGGCGAUUAUGACUACGUGGCAGAUUGCGGACCCCUUUUACAGGGAGACGAAAUAUAUUGAGCCUUCAGAACAUCCCACAUUGGAGGAUGUUAUCAUAGUUCAAGAGAAUGAAUACUGCCAGUCCAACAGAAUGACAAUCUUUAUUGGUGUUAUUUACGCAUACAAAGGACUAUUACUAAUCUUUGGCGCUUUUUUGGCUUGGGAAACUCGACACGUGUCAAUUCCAGCGCUAAAUGAUUCAAAACAUGUCGGAUUAUCAGUUUACAACUGUGUGAUCAUGUGUGUGAUGGGAGCCGCUAUAGCUUUAGUUCUGUCUGACCGCAAGGAUGCAGUGUUCAUACUGAUAUCUCUCUUUAUAAUUUUUUGUACAACAGCCACAUUAUGUUUAGUAUUUGUCCCGAAGUUGGUAGAACUGAAACGCAAUCCAAGCGGAGUGGUGGACAAAAAAGUACGUGCAACAUUGCGACCAAUGUCUAAGAAUCGACGGGAUUCAUCAGUUUGCGAACUUGAACAACGAAUGCGAGACGUGAAACAAACUAAUUGUCGUUUCCGAAAAGUACUGAUGGAGAAAGAAGCAGAACUUCAAACACUCAUCAAACGUCUAGGCCCUGAUGCACGUGCUUGGAUAGGUCUAGAAACAAGUUCUUCCGAACCAGAUGUUAACAAGGAAUCCGUCAAAAUUCAAGUGAAAAAAGAUUAUGCUAGCGAAGGAACUGAAUUCACAUCGAUUGGUAGUCUAGUCUCGAGCAAUGAUACGUUGGAUUCUGUUGCUCCAGAAAGGAAAAAGAAAACUACAGUUCUAUUACCAGGUGAAGAAAUUCCUCCCAAACCAACAGUUUCGAUCGUUACCGGCUCUGUAUCUAAAAGUAGUUUGGUUAGCACAGCAUCCAAUGUUCCAAUAGCAAAUGCAACGAUGACUACCGCAUCAUCAUUGAUGACAGCGAUUUCUGCUGCGGCGCAAACUGUAGUAACUGCUCAAUCAGCAAUGGCUAAACCAAUUCCGUCCGCUGCAAAUAGCAUCGGAAGCUCGACUAGCGUUCCACAAGAUCCGAACAAACCAAUGUUUAACGAUGUUCGCAGGGAUUCAGUAUCCAGUUCGAAGUGGUCACCAGGGCACAUAAAAGAUCGAAAUGAAGAUGAACGUAGCUAUCAGAAUACAGUAAAAGUGAAUACUCAAGUAAACGGAACGUCUGCUACAUCAUUAAACCAUUCGAACAACGAGCUUAAUCAGGUGUGUCAUCAUAGUAAGCCGAGUAGUAAAACUAGAGAACAAGGUCACGAGCCAGCGCGGAGAGUCAGCGUACAGACGUCAUCCUCCUUGAAAGGUAACUUUGUCGUAUCUCAGAGUGAUCUCUGGGACACACAUACAUUGUCGCACGCCAAACAACGCCAAUCCCCAAGAGGACAAUCACGCUGUCCAGAUCACGGUCACCCACCGCCACAGCAGCAACAACCACCGCAGCAACCUGCACAAUACGACCACGAACGUGAAAAUAGUACGGCAUCAUCACCCGGUCCUAUUCAGCGGAGUGUAUCGGAGAAGAAUCGAACCAAACACCGUCAUAAACAGAAAUCCACUGCAUGUCAAAGCGAAACCGAUAGCGAGCGUGAACAACGUGACUAUCAAAACUUCUCGUCAUCUGUGUGCUCGACUGGCAGUACAACCGCAGCAGCUUCCACUCCUGGAGGCUACGUUACACCGACUAAGAUAUCUUCUCGGAAGCUAUCGAAAUCUCAACACUCGCAUCAUCACUCCACUCCAAAUGUGGCACCGGAGAAAAAAGCUGGUUUCGGAUCCGGUGGAAGCACUCACAUCAGACAUCGCAAAAAAGAAUCCAGUUCUAAGCCAAACUUGUACGGCGCUUGCUCCGAAUCGGAGCUGCUCGAUGGCGAUACGGCUAUUUUGCCAAUCUUUAGGAAAUUGCUUAACGAAAAGGACUCUAAGUAUAGGACUAGAAAUAUGGUAGGAGCUAGCUGCCCUAAUAUAUCGAUUAAAUGUGAUAUUGUUGAGUAUCUGUAAAGAAUAGUUUCUCGUUAGUCUGCUACAUUUCUACAUGAGGGUAAAUUUGUUCUAGUAAGUAAAAUCAGAGUUUGUAAUAUACUCUAUUUAAAAGUUCGAUUGCCAUUGAAAUUUGACGAUUGCCAACCUAAAGUAUGGCUCGAAAUAUUACUAGUAACUAUUUUAACUUUCUUUUGAUUAGAAUCAAACACGACUAAAAAUGUUGAUCAUUGUUUCUAAUUCGUUGAUACAUUUGGUCUUCCGUUUCACCAGGUUUCGCCGUCGACUAUUACCUUACAGUAUGAUUUCAUAACUAGUACUACAAUUCUACUGAUAGUGGCCCUUAUUACCGUUCUCUCUCCACUUUCACAUUCACUUCACUUACAUGUUACUUCACUUGAUUUUACCUAUUGCCGGUAUCACGCAUAGUGAAGUGAUCACUUUGGUGGAAAAACUAUUUUUUUUUCAACAAAAUGUUGGUGGCGUGAUGUUCAUAAUGACAUCAAGGCCUUUAUUACCGUUCUCACUUCCACUUUCACAUUCACUUCACUUACAUGUCACUUAACUUGAUUUUCCCUAUUACCAGUAUCACGCAUAGUGAAGUGAUCACUGUAGUGGAAAAAACUCAUUUUUUCAACGAAAUGUUGGUGGCGUGAUGUUCAUAAUGACAUCAAGUUCAUCCAAAUAAUUACUUUUGCCUUUGAAGCGACUUCCGUACUGAGGACCUAAACUCACUUCACUCGAUUUUCACCGUGAAGUGAUACCGAUAAUAAGGGUCACAGUCACUUCACUUGGUUUUCACCGUGUAGUGACACCGGUAGUAAGGGCCAGUGAAAAUUCGUAUCUGACGUGACAGAAUGUGUUUGUUUCUUGCCCGGACUGUUUCAACUACAUUUUGGGGAUUCAUAGUUAUCUGCUAAUCUUCACAAGAUUAGUUAUUAAAAAAAAUGACUGAUAAUAAGCAUAGAAAACUACAAAACCAAAAACGUGUAUAACUAUUGUUGAGGCCCGGGUUGGCGGUUCAAUGCAUAGGACGCUUACAAGCCAGUUGUCGUAUGUUCGUGCCCCGAGAAGGAACGAUUCAUAGUGGCAAUAGAACCAUGCAUUUAUAGUCUGUGUAAAUAAAAUGGCAGGAUUUCAAACAGAAUAUCAAAUGUGAAACUUUCUCAAGUGAACUUUUGUUUUAAACGAUAUUUUGGAAAAGGCGCGUGGUUAAUGCCAGAGACAUAACUGGCUGACAAGAAUACUAACAAAACUGACAUGCUUCCUUCACACCUUCGAAUAUCGAUAGUCGUUCCCAUUAGCUGAUUGAUUGUAUGAUUUAGGCAAAUUUUCACUUCGUUUCUAGAAAUGUAGCGAUUCAUUCUAAGGAGUUAUUCACGUCCAACAUAUUCUAACACACAAUUGGGACAAGAGAGUUCAAAUUGCUUAACCGAGGAACUGUAAAUGGAGUGAAUUUUCUUCAAUGGAAAAAAACAUAUAAAAUCGUUAUUUGGGAUCUAUUUUAGGUUCUCAGAUGAUCUAAACAAAAUGCAAGGCCUCUGCUACUUAAUGUCGUUGCAAAUAAUUAUCAUAUUUCCAAUGCGAAUGGAGUACGAAGGAAACCUUCCUACUGAUUGUUUCAUUGAUAUCUCGAUCACAGACUAAAUGAAAAAGCCUUAUUUAAAUACUGCGUUAUUACACACUUACAGUUAAUAAGACGGGACUCACGAGUCACGAAAACAAAUCCCAGCCGCAGAGCUGCACACGGUACGAAUUAAACUAGUAAUAUUUCCAUUUCAAUGGAAAAGAUAUCAAAAAGUUUUUGGAAACGGUUUUUUGGUUCUUAGAAAAACUAAACGAUAAAAUUUCUUUCGUGUUAAACAAGUUUUCUCGCAUUCACCUCUAAAAUAAAGCUUCUGCGACUAAAUAUUGCCACUGGUGUGAAAGCAGAUUGGUCAAUAAGCCACAGAGAAGAACCAGUGAAAUAAUAAAUAAUAAACUUAUAUUUAACCUUGAUUUUAAUCAUCUUUUGCCGAGGUUUGGAAUAUUGUAGUUUUCAGUCACUUAUUGUGCAUGGCCGGCUUCAGUUGCGCUAUGAUCUUAUAGCAACCAAUAUUUCAUCUCCAGUAUGACUACCACUAGCGGGUAACAAUCCUGCUACACCUGCUAGCGACUAAUUGUGUUAAAUCGCUGCUCUUUUCCCGUCUUAUGCACAACAAGAAAUGAUUGAAUUUCGACCAAUUUUCGACGUCUCUUGGUUUCAAUUAAUACGGCACCCGAUUCGGAUUAACGGGUGGCAACUAAAAUUUUGGAAUUUCUUUCUCAAGCUGUCAAAAAAAGACAAACAUAAUUGGAGAAGAUCUGAUUUAUUGAAAUUAAAGAUACAUUGUUCAUUGUUGAAAAAAAUAGUGAACAUUUGAAAACAGUCCGUAAUCGGAUGUUCGGCGAAGCUUCCGUUUGAUGUCGGAACAGGAGCGUUGUACGGCCUUCAUGUCAACUUUGCGAAUGCAUCUCUUGAUUGUACCAAUCAACUGUUAGCAAUUCGUGGCUCUCCAGUUAUAUUUCCUAAGAACCAAGGAGUUCAAAACCCCGAAGAAAUCUUCGAUUAGGCGACACUGAUUAGGCGACACUGAUUCAGGAACGAUUGUGUUUUUUGGCGCAAUGCGACAAUGUACAGCAUCAUUUUCUGUUCAAACUUAUGUUCAAACUUAAACUAAUACUUUAUGUUCGGAUGUACAGUAGAACUUUCCGUUGAAUAGUAUCGAUCGUUUGCGGGAAUCUGCGUCUUCGAAAGAGGGAAGUAACUUUCGUCGUCCAAAACAAAACUUUUUCCGGAAAAAUUUUUAAUCAACCAGCGGCAUUGGGAAUUCAACGUUGAAAUCUGUGCGUCAGUAAAUUCCGGGGCACGUGUCUUCUUUCGGUACUUUAUUCCGAGUCUUUUCAAUGUUUUACAGAUGUACUGGUGAGAACAGUUGAACUUUUUUGCGGCAUCCCUUUGACUCAGUGAAUCCUUGUUGUUGAAGGCACGAAAAAGAGAACGAAGUCCUUUUGCGUCCAUAAUUUUGGCUGGUCUUCCACUACCUUCGUUACGAGCAGUUGUUGAGCAUCUUAGAAUAUUGUAAACUGUCGAAGCCGCAACAUUUUUGCUUUUAAAAUGUUGUAUCGUAUACUAUCAGGUGUAUUUUGCUUCCGCCGUUUUCCGAUAGGUGGCUAUACCGGCUGAGUUCGGUCAAAAUACAUAGAUGAUAAUGCCUUUAAAGUGAGUGUGUACAGUGCCUAACGAAUUGUCAUCGCCGUUUCAGUGAUAGUUGUUUUUGUUUUCGUAUUAUUCACGCUCGAAAAUGUCUGUUCAUGUGCCCAAUUCUCGCCAUUUGCGGGAAGUUUUACUUUUAUGUUACAAUUCGAAAAAAAUGCAGCUGAAGCGCAUCGAAUGCUCUCAGAAACUUUCGGUGAUGCUGCUCUUAUUGAAAGAACGUGUCGGGAGUGGUUUCAACGUUUUAAAAAUGGUGAUUUCGAUGUCGAAGACAAACAUGGUGGUGGAAGAGUUUUUUUCUUUUCAAAGAUGAACAACUAGAAGCAUUGCUUGAUGAAGACUCGUGCCAAAUUCAAGAAGAGCUUGCCGAAUCAUUGGGAGUGAGUCAGCAAGCCAUUUCAAAACGUCUCAAGGCCCUGGGUAUGAUUCAGAAAGAAGGAAACAGGGUGCAGUACGAGUUGAAACCGAGGGACAUCGAGCGCCGUCCAUUUGUAUGUAAGCAACCGGGUUGACGGUUCAAUGCAUAGGACGCUGGUCUUACAAGCCAGCUGUCGUAUGUUCGAGCCCCGACCUGGAAGGAUUCUUUGUGUCAGUAGGAUCCAUAGUACUAGCCAUGCAAUGAUUCUGUACGCUAAGAAUUGGCUGCGAAGUCUGUUGAAACAGAAAGGCCAAAUUCCACGGAAGGAAUGUAAUGCCAAGACUUUACUUUGCUUUAACUGCUUCAAAGACAAAGUCGUAAGGGGUUUUUACAUCGUAUCGUAACCGGUGGUUCGAUACGAUAAUCCUAAACGCAGAAAAUCAUGGGGAAAGCCCGGGCAUGCUACUUCGUCGAAGGCAAAACCAAAUAUUCACGCAAGAUGUUGAUUUGUAUUUUGGUGGGAUCAGCUCGGUGUAAUUUACUACGAGCUCUUAAAACCGGGUGAAACCAUCACAGGAGAUCGCUACCGAACGCAACUGAUGCGCUUUAGUCGUGCGCUAAAAGAAAAGCGGCCACAAUAUCAAGAGCGACAUGACGAAGUCAUCCUUCAACACGACAAUGAUCGGCCUCACGUCGCAAAAGUGGUCAAAAAGUACCUGGAAACGCUGAAAUGGGAAGUCUUGCCCACCCGCCGUAUUCCUCAGAUGUCGCCUCUUCUGACUUCCACCCAUUCCGUUCGAUGGCACACGGCCUGGCAGAUCAACAUUUUCAAUCCUUCGAAGAGUUGGAAAAAUGGAUUGAUUCAUGGAUAGCGUCAAAAGAGGACUCCUUUUUUCGAUCCGGGAUCCGAAAAUUGCCGGAAAGAUGGGAGAAAGUUGUCGCUAGUGACGGACAAUACUUUGAAUAAAACAUCUGUAAGCACUUUUUCGCAAUGAAGCUUCUAACUUUGGAAAAAAACGGCGGAAGCAAAGUUGUACACCUGAUAUUUGCCGAGAUUUCUGUGCAGUUCGUAGAACUGUACAAUGCACUCGUGAAAUACUUCUUGUUUCGACGGCAUUUUGAGCCAAACUGAGCAAGCAUGAACAAAACAGAAAAUACUAGCAGAAAAAGGAGAAAGAGAGCUAACACAUACACACUCUUAGUUCUUUCUGAGCUCGUUUGUUGUUGAGCAUACAGGCCUCGAAAAAAUUCCAAAAUUUUAGUUGCCACCCGUUAUUCCUCUUGCUUUUAAACAUUGACAAAUCGUUGGCUCGUUCUUCGUAAUCGAAAUCAAAAUUGACACUUCUAAACCGUGCAACAAACCAUGCCCGACACGUACGCUCAACUAGAGAACGCUCACACACUCACGGUUGUUGUUCUGCUUGGCUGAAAUUAUGAAUACAAUCUAUUUUUAAGGUAAACAUUCUAAAAGAUUUUAGUUUUCAUCACUAUCACCUUGGAGGAGCUACACCAACUAAGCUACUCUGGCACAUGUGAAAACACGAUUAGGUCAAUAUGAUCAGCAUCUAACGGGGAAGCAAAUUGGAAAACUGACAGUCGAAUUCAAUUAUGUAAUGAACACCGCUAAAAUGUGACCGCAGAGACGGGACUCGAACCGGUUACCAAACUCCUAAUCGGGGAAAUUGUUUUACCAAUUACACUACCCUGCAUAUGAACACACGUGAAGAGAAAGUCCAAUUGACUAGGCAGAAACCAGGCAUGCUGCGCUGUACCUGGUCACUACGGCAUUGUUUCUCUGAUGGAACAAACCAGCGAUAUUAGAUCAGGGGACAAUCAGUGUCCUGGUUGAUGAUUUUUCUCACGUUGGACAAACUGCAGUUUACACGCCGUUGAAAACUGGUUCAACUUGCAGGUGGUGAGGUUCUAUGCAGAGAAGUUCAAAAAAGCUGGUUUAACGGUAUGAAAAUUGCUUAAAAGUGUGGAAUUGGCGAUUGUGUGGAAAAAGUGGAAUAGAUUUGUAGGAAACCAAAUGUGCUAAUCAAACCUUUUACAUAUAAUUUCGUUUAUGAGAAAACGGCCCUUACUUUUCAAAUAUACCUUGUAUAACUAUUAUAUAGUCUCGUUUUUCUGUUUUUGACUAUUUUUUCGACUAAAUUACUGAAUAGUGUUCAAGAGCUUUACAAUUUCAGUAGCAAUUGCACUGUAAACUCACCGUCUAAUGUCAAUGGCAAUCAAUUCCUAACCUCAUUGGCAAUCCACUGAAGCAAUAAAGCGAAUGUGGGAAUAAUUUAUGAUUACCUAAAUUUGAAACGUUCCCGACAUAUUUUGCGUUCGCACUACAACAACCAACAGAAUAGUUCUAAUAUAUAGUCUAGAAGGAAAUAAAAAAACAAUUUAAAACCGUCUUCCUACCGACAAGCAUGAAACAUUUCAAGCACACAGCACAGCAUAAGCUGAACAUAAAUGCACAAAGCUCAUGUCAUAAUAAUAGUAAAUACACGACCUUGUUCGACAAGCACGUUUGUCAAACUCAGUUACUUUCUGUUGAAGGAAGCUCAACAAUAAUGCUGAAACAGCAAAUUAGCCCGUAUGCACAUUGUAAGGCAUGUAUUUCAACGUUAGUUGGAUAUUUUAUAUUCGAAUAUAAGAAACGUAAAACUGUAAAUAUCUGCACAUUUUUAUCAAAACCAGUCGCAAUAAAAAUGAAUAGCCAUUGUUCAUCGAAGUAGACGAUAAAAAUUAACAACCAUACAUUGAUAACUUGACUUUUUUAAUGCGAUAGACAGGAUGAAUGCGUGAAAACUGAUCGCCAAGCCACGAGUGGUAAAACUUGCAAAUCUAACUAUACGUGAAUAGCUAUUAGUUAAUCCUCGUUUUCAUCGAUUAAAAUUAUGUCAAUAUUUAAGACAAAGCGCUCCGCGGAAGGAAUCAUUGAACCACAAAAAAGCAUGUUCGUCUCAAAAGGGCUAACGCACAUGAAGCUGAAAUCCGUAGAAGUAUAACAAACUAAAACUAGGACAAAUAAAAGUCUGUCUCGGUUGGGAUUCGCUACGUUCUUUUAAUUUUUAUUUUUAGUAUCUGCUUUCAUGUUUUAAGUGACAUGCACAACAUCAGUUUUAUAUGAAAAAAGAAGUUCAUUAUAGUAAUUCAAUUCACAAAGGCUAUACUUAUAAUUAUUUAUUCAUUCCACAAGAAUUAUUAUUACCAUUAAAUUAAAUUAACAAAUCGUUAUUGUUGAAAUUAUUUGUUGAAAAUUGAAAGAAAAAAACAUUCAAAAUAACUGUUUGUAUUGUUUACAAUAAAAAUGUUUUGACUUAAGUGACAUUAGUUUCGUUUAAGCCACAAGGGCAAGAGAGAUUAUAGACUCUAGAAGUCGCAAACUGUAAGCGAAUCGCAAAAAAUAUCUUUUUGGUCUAGUUACGAUUAAUUCGGAGUGAUUAUAAAAUCUAAAAAUCUAACCUACAAGUCCAUUUCUCACUAAAUAGCUACUCAAAACGACCUGUCAGCCAAAUUCUGGUAAUCCAUUUUACAUUCAUUGAUAAAAAACUCAUAAAUGUGAAGGUAACAUUUAAAUUUGGAUUCAGUGGAAGCCAAACUUCGACCACUGUCAAAAUAAUUUUGGCAGCAUUUUGUCAUUCUCUAAACGGUCAUGUUUUGCCUUUGCCUUAUACUGAGACAUUCUUCUGUUUUGUUUCAUGGCAUGUUAGAAAUGCUCUAAAUUCAAAUACAUGUACCAAGUUAAAUAACAGAGUUUUGAAAUCAGAAAAAAAAUUAAGAUGGGAAUGUUGGUACUUCCCACAGUUUUUAAAACUUGUGAUGAUUCAACUCAAUCAGUCUAAUUAAAAAUGUAAAGUCUCCCUUUCUCUGUGAUUUGAAACUUACCCAAAAUAAUAAUAAACAAAAAAGGAAGGACACUGAUGCCAUGUAGAAAACCCUGCCGAAUUUUCCACACGUUUCCUACGUAGAUUACCUACGGUAUAUUAUCUAAUCAGAAACAAGUAAAAUACGUGGAUUUGCAGAAGACUCUGAAAUAAGGAUCUCGAAUAAAUACAUUAAGGGUCAAUGCGAACUUCAAUCGAUUUUAGUUUUGAAAAUAUAUAAGGUUUGGAUUUAUUCAGGAAUUACAUUUUUUUUUUCUUUGUGACGAAUAAUUCGAAAUUGAUACAUUAAAACUUAUUUUAAUUAUUUGAAACCGCUAGUUUUGCCAUCGAUCUUACAAUCAUCGAGGUGAAUUUUGAGAUUCUUGGUCAAUUUGAUCAGAUUAAUGUGAUCUAAAAUAAUUAUUCACGAGUUUUUUGGGUACAAAAAUCUGGGUGAUACAAUUUUAUAAACAGGACAAAACCACGUACUUGUAACAAGUGGGCAAAAUCACAUUUGACACAACAGCAGUCAUUCCAAUUCGCUUUUAUUUAUAUCUGUGUGAGUGAUCGCUCUUUCUUAGUUUUCUAUUUCUUUCAUCACAUUAUUGAGCCUCAGGACCUUAUUAAGACUGUGUAUUUAUGACGCUUGUGAGUUUUUCAACAUGCACGAUGUUUUCUACAUAGAAUACAUAUCACCCUUGCCUAAGAUUUUGCGAGAAUGAAAUACUAUGCAGGUUCGAUUACAAUGUUAAAAUUGAAAUUACGAUUUAUGGUUCGCUCAAAGUGUCUUCAUACGCUAAUUGCAACUUUGUAAUAAUUUUUCGAAAGGCCAAUUGAAUUACUUAUAAUCAUUGAAAAAUGGAUUGUGCUUCUAUUGUUUUGGUAAAAUACCUGCAUUGAAUGCACUGGAUGCGAUUUCUAGAUAUUACAAUCUUUUUCUUUUGCGAGUCCCGCCCCAGGACUGAAUAUGUGACGCAUUACAGAUCAGCAGAAAUAAAACUUGAUUCAUUUCUAUCACUUAUAGGAAGUGAAUUUCACUAGUAUAAAGAAACCCCACCAAAAGCUACGCAGUCGCUAGGAAGAUAAAAUAGUAACGGUUGAUGCAAUUUGUAUUGAAAACAAUUAUCAAUUCAGAUAAAAGUUUGUGUAUAUAAUCAGAUGAGUUCACGAAAACGAACAAUAACUUCUCAGAAUAGCGCUCAAGUUGUAUCUAAGGAUUGUAUCUGUUUGUCUGUAAAAUGUUAUAUAGUCAAAUUGUUGGAAAGGUUCGAAAUGAAAAUUUAGUUUCAAAAUAAAACGUAUGUAAAUUUUA